AUGGAACGCAAAUUCAAGGCCGAACCAAAAUUCCGCGAAUUGUAUGCGGAAUUUAUGAGGGAGUACGAAACACUCCAUCAUAUGUCAAAGGUACCUCGAGAGUACGAACGAAGUCAAGGACAAACUUGCUACCUCCCUCACCAUGGAGUCUUCAAAACAUGCGGGAACGUGAGCAAGAUCCGAGUCGUGUUCAAUGGAUCAGCGCGCGGAUCCGCGAGCGUCUCAUUGAACGACAAAUUAUUGGCGGGACCAAACUUAUUGCCGAUGCUCGCCGAUGUCCUAGCUAGAUGGAGAAUUCAUCGCUUCGCAGUGGUGACGGACAUCGCCAAGAUGUAUCGGCAGAUCCUGGUGCACCCUGAUGACCGGGAUCUCCAACGGAUCCUUUGGAGAGAUAACCGCAACGAGAUAAUCCAGGAGUACCGUCUAAACACAGUUACGUACGGACUCUCGUGCGCGCCCUAUCUCGCUAUUCGCACCCUGCAACAGCUGGCGGAAGAUGAGGAGAGCCGUUUCCCCGCGGGAGCAAUGGCGCUACGGCGCGAUGUGUACGUUGACGACAUCCUAACCGGGGCAGACACGAAGACAGAGGCUCUCAACCUGCAGGACCAGCUGAUACAGCUCUGCUCGGCGGGCGGCUUUCCUCUGAGGAAGUGGGCGGCCAAUUCGGACGACCUCCUGAGCAGGGUGCCCGCGGACUACCAGCAGCUGCACGGACUGAGAGAGUGGGAACCCAACGAAGGUCACUCCACCCUGGGAGUCCAAUGGCAACCGCGCGACGAUGUCUUCGCCUUUCGCGUGCGACCGCACAACGACGGAGAUAUAACGAAACGCGUGGUGCUGUCGGAGACGGCGCGGCUCUUUGAUGGGAUGCGAGUCGAUUGGGACCAACCGCUGCGGGCCGAGGAUGCUCGUGCGUGGCAUCUUCUACGGAAGGAACUCCCACUGUUGGAGAACGUGCGCGUGCCGCGGUGGCUGCACACCGGGGACGGCAAUGCGCGCGUCGAGAUACACGGGUUCGCUGACGCGUCGGAACGAGCGUUCGCGGCAGUAACCUAUUUGCGAGUCAUCAACGAGGACGGCGGCUGUCAUGUCUCACUAUUGCAGGCUAAGACGAGAGUGGCCCCGCUGCGACAAGUGUCGGUGCCGCGCCUGGAGCUAUGCGCAGCAGCCUUGUUGGUGAAACUGGUGGAGCAUGUGCGCGAGGUCCUCGGUCUUUCAAUGGCGAGGAUCCACUUCUGGUCGGACUCCACGGUAACCUUGGCGUGGAUCCGUGGACACCCGACCAGGUGGACUACAUACGUGGCGAACAGGGUCGCAGAAAUACAGCGAGCCCUACCAGACGCCAUGUGGCAUCAUCUUCCGGGCGAGGAAAAUCCGGCCGACUGCGCGUCGCGCGGACUCUCGCCUCACGAGCUGCUGCAACACGCCUUAUGGUGGCAGGGCCCUGCUUGGCUAGGGGCAACGGAGGCCCACUUCACCGAGGCUCGAGACAAGACGGAGGAGGAGCCGGAGAUGCCGGAACAGCGAGCCUCUGUGCACGCGGCAACUGAGGUACUAGAAGAGGACCCGGUGCUGCUCCGCUUCGGCACCUUGCAUCGGCUGUUACGGGUAACGGCGUGGUGUUUGCGCUGGACGCGCACGCUGCGCCCCCGUGAAUCUGUUUUAGAGACCCUGACUUCACAGGACCUCCGGGAAGCGGAACGCCGGUGGAUCAAGGCGGUGCAAUCUACAUGGUUCUCGGCAGAACUAAGGGACUUGGGUCGCGGCAGAGCGGUGUCGCGACGGAGUGGCCUCCUGCCGCUCAACCCGUUCCUGGACGAGAAUGGCAUCCUUCGUGUUGGCGGGCGGCUGAGGCACGCGAUCCUCAGCGAAGACGAGAAGCACCCAGUAAUAUUACCACGCAACUCGUGGCUCACGGUCCUCAUGGUAGACUCCUUUCACCGCCGGGCGCUGCACGGCGGCGUGCAAUUGACGCUUGGCAUGAUACGCCAGAGGUUCUGGAUUCCGGGCGGCCGAGCAAUGGUAAAGCGGCGAAUCCAUCGGUGUAUGCCAUGCGUGCGAUGGCGGGCGGCAUCCCCGCACCCGCUCAUGGGAGAUUUGCCGCGACCCCGCGUCCGAGCGGCUCGACCAUUCACGCACACUGGCGUGGAUUACGCCGGGCCGGUGCUCUUACGCACGGCGAAGGGACGAGGACAGAAGGCGUAUAAGGGAUUCCUGGUGAUCUUUGUGUGCCUUGCCACACGGGCCGUGCAUCUGGAAGUCGCAUCGGACUACACGGCCGAGGGCUUCCUGGCAGCAUACCGCCGAUUUGUGUCGAGACGAGGACUCUGUGCGACGAUGCACAGCGACCAGGGCACGAAUUUCAUUGGGGCGGAUGCGCAACUGAAACGACUGCUCCAGCAAGCACUCCAGGACAGAAGCAUCGCGGACGCUCUUGCCAGUGACGGCGUGCACUGGCGGUUCAACCCACCCGCGGCACCGCAUUUCGGAGGCGUGUGGGAAGCCGCAGUGAAAUCGACGAAACAUCACCUACGGAGGGUAAUGGGAGAGGCCACCCUCACCUACGAGGAGCUGUCCACCUUCCUGACACAGAUUGAGGCGUGUCUCAACUCCCGACCACUGGCCGCCCUCUCGGACGACCCUGAAGACCUCACUGCCCUCACCCCGGGGCACUUCCUGGUGGGGACGGCGCUCCGCGCAGUCCCGGAGCCAUCGCUGACGGAGGAACCCAUCGGCCGCCUGACCAGGUGGCAGCUCCUCCAACAGAUGAGGGAUCACUUUUGGCAGCGGUGGUCCCGGGAGUACCUACAGUCCCUCAACACACGACCGAAGUGGAGGACAAAGGAUGUCAACCCCUGCGUCGGGGAUCUGUGCCUCGUGCGAGGCGAACAGACGCCGCCUACCAGGUGGCCCCUGGGGCGAGUGACGGCCACCCACCACGGGGACGACGGGCAAGUCCGAGUGGUCACCGUCCGCACGGCCACCACUACCUUGACCCGACCUACGCAAAAGAUAAUUCUUUUGCGUCUGGAUGACGCCCGCGAUAGCUAG